AUGGCUACCAUUGAGGCCGUUGACCUUGAGCUCUCCGACACUACUGUACCACAGUUGGCCGAAAAGGCCCGGUCAUUGAGUCCUGAGCAAUAUGAACUCACUAAAGAGGCUGGCAGCAAGUCGGAUAAUGCACAAACUGCGGAACCUUGGUCAACAAGAGAUUUGACUGUGCUCAUCACAGCGAUUUGGGUCAUCACAUUCACGACUGGCUUCCAAAUGCAGGUCAUGAGUCCGCUGCUGCCUUACGUAUACAGCGAGUUCCGGGCGCACUCCCUCAUCCCCACGGCGAGCAUUGUCUCAAGCGUUGUGGGUGCGGUUCUUCGGCUCCCUGUGGCGAAAAUGUUGGACGUCUGGGGUCGGGCACUUGGCUAUGGACUGGCACUCCUCGUCCUCACCCUUGGCAUAAUCAUGAUGGCUGCAUGCGACAAUGUGGUGACCUACUGCGCCGCUUCGGUGUUCUUCUUCGCCGGAUACGACUGCAUGUCCUACGUUUUGUUCGUCGUUAUCGCCGACCAUUUCUCGCUCAAAACGCGCGGUAUUAUGUUCGGUCUAUAUAACUCUCCAUGGCUUAUAACGACCUGGAUCGGAGCUCCUGUCGCAACUCACUUCCUGCACGGCGCGGGCUGGAGAUGGGCUUUUGGCACAUUUUCCAUUGUGGUCCCAAUAUCCGGACUACCUUUACUGGGGCUUCUCAUCUGGAGCGACCGACGGGCGGAGCGUUGGAGCGCUGCUUCAGCACCAGCUAUUACCCGCACACCAUGGCAAUCUCUGAAGUUUUAUUGGGUUGAGUUUGAUUGUAUCGGCAUUCUCCUCCUUGCUGCCGGGUUCUCCCUGUUCCUGCUGCCGUUCAGCCUUUACACGAGGCAGAGCAAAGGGUGGCAGUCCCCCAUGAUCAUUUGCAUGAUUGUAUUUGGGGGGUUUGCUAUUAUUUUGUUCGGUCUCUGGGAGAAGUAUUUGGCACCGAAGUCCUUCAUUCCUUACCCGCUACUCAAGAGCCGGACCGUGAUCGGGGGCAGCGUCUCAUAUGCGCAAACGUACUUGGUCUACUACUGCUGGACGAGCUACUUUACGUCGUCUUUGCAAGUUGUACAAGGCGAGACGGUCACGAAUGCCGGAUAUAUCUACAACAUCCACAAUAUUGGGUGGUGUGUGGCUGGCAUCGCCGCUGGCGCUCUUAUCAAGGUUACCGGCCGCUACAAGUGGCUCGCCCUGUUCCUGGGUCUGCCGCUUCAGCUCCUGACCACGGGAUUGAUGAUCUACCUGUCCAAACCUAAUUCCAAGACUGGCUCUAUCAUCGCCGUCCAGGUCUUCCUGUCUCUUGGUGAUGGAAUCAUCUACAUGUCUGCUGUCAUUGCCGUCAUGGCAGCCAUCGACGCAGAACACAUCGCCACUGUGCUUGCUCUCUACAACAUGAUCGGCACAACCUUUCAAGCCGUAGGGGCAACCAUAUCCGUGGCUGUCUGGACCAAGAGUUUCCCGGAGUACCUGGCCAAGAAUCUGCCCGCCAGCGCACAGUCCAAUCUAAUGGCCAUAUACAGCGACAUCACCACCCAAUUGUCGUACCCUAAGGCCACUCCCGAAAGAGUUGCAAUCGACCUGAGUUAUUCACAGGCAAUGGAGAAGUUGUUCAUUACUGGAACAUGCAUCAUCUCGGUCGGCGUCAUCAGCACAGUCGUCUGGAGGGAUAUCAGAGUCUCGAGGGAAAAGUCUGCUGGUACCGUUCCAGUCUUCCGCUGA